GGCGUCCAUCAUCACCCUCUCUCAUAUAAUAAUAAUAAUUUUUGAACUUCCAUAGCUUUUUCUUCUCUGCAUUUCCACCUCUUCCUCUAUUCUCGCCGAUUAUCCACUAUCGAGCCGGCGCUUCUCUCCCGAUCCUCCUAGCAUCUUCUCCGCACCGCCAAACCCAAGCCAAUCAAAUCCCCAUCAAAAUCCAAAUCCAAAUCUGAGAGAGAGAUGGGCAUUCCUCCGGUGAGGCCACCGCGCAUUAUAAAGUAUCUAAAGCCUUAUGUUCUGAAAAUGCACUUUACAAACAAAUUCGUAACUGCCCAAGUAAUCCACACACCAACUGCCACAGUAGCCUCUUCUGCAAGCUCCCAGGAAAAGGCCUUGAGAGAAAGCAUGGAGAUACGCCGCGACGUUGCUGCUGCUGCAAAGAUAGGGAAGAUAUUAGGGGAGCGCCUCCUGCUCAAGAACAUCCCUGCUGUAUCCGUCCAGUUGAAGAAAGAACAGAAAUAUCAUGGUAAGGUUAAAGCUGUCGUUGACAGUGUGGUGGAAGCCGGUGUCAAACUCCUCUGAUUUCGACUGCGAGUAUCAGUUCAGUUUUAGUUUUUCUAAUUGUGAUCAUGAACACCAUUGGAAAUUCAAAUUAUGAUUGUUGAUGCAUUAGAGACUACUUUUAGAAAUCUUCUGGUUGGAUUUUGGUUUUGAUUUGAAUGUUAUUGUUCAUUCAUGCCAUGCCAAUGCACUUUAUAAAACAUGGUCAAAAAAUUGAUUUAUAAUCAGCUUGGUUUGAUAUGCUUA